AUGAUUUUCGCGCUUCUAGUAGUGGGCCUGGCCGUGGCCUUGGCUUACAGUUUUUAUUACAACACCUACACCUAUUGGGCACGCAAGGGUGUUCCCCACGAGAAGCCUCUGCCGCUUAUUGGAAACCUCAAGGGAAUCGGAACGAAGUACCACUUCCGGGACAUCAACCAAAAGAUCUACAAUAAGUUCAAGGGCAAGGGCCCCAUAGCCGGAAUGUUCGCAUUUCUGACUCGGACCGCCAUGAUAAUGGACCUGGAUCUUAUUAAGCAAGUGCUGAUCAAGGACUUUAACUACUUCCACGACCGUGGUAUCUUCUCCAAUUCCCGAGACGACCCACUGACGGGUCAUCUUUUGACCCUGGAGGGGGAGGAGUGGAAGGCCAUGAGGCAGAAACUGACACCUGUCUUCAGUUCAGGAAAAAUAAAGCAGAUGUCCGGAGUGAUCAUAGAGGUGGGACAUCGUCUGGCGGAUACCAUGGACAAAGAGGUGACCACUGCUUCUGUGGAGGAGGGUGAUGUGGAGAUUAAGGACUUGUGUGCUCGGUUCACAACCGAUGUGAUUGGAACCUGUGCUUUUGGCCUUGAGUGCAACAGCCUGGGCGAUGUUAAUGCAGAAUUCCGAACCAAAGGACGAGAGAUUUUCGAUAAGCCCCGAAACUCAUUGCUAGUCCACUUCUUAAUUAUGAACAACAGGCUUCUGGCUCAGAAAUUAAGGCUUAAAGUUGUUCGCGAUGACGUCACAGAGUUCUUUAUGUCGGCUGUGAAGAAUACAGUGGAAUACCGCCUCAAAAAUAACAUUAAGAGAAACGACUUCAUGGAUCAGUUGAUUCAACUUCGUGCCGAGGAUCAGGAGGCUGCCAAAAAGGGCGAGGGAAUCGAUUUGUCCAAUGGCUUAACCCUCGAGCAAAUGGCUGCUCAGGCUUUUGUGUUCUUCAUAGCCGGAUUCGAGACCUCCUCGAGCACCAUGGCCUUCUGUUUAUACGAAUUGGCCCUGCACCAGGACAUUCAGGAUCGAGUGAGGGAAGAGAUUGAGACUGUACUCGGAAAGAGUAAUGAGAUUAACUACGAUGCCAUAUCCGAUAUGACUUACCUGGAACAAGUCAUAGCUGAAACCCUUCGAAAACAUCCUAUUCUUCCGCACGUGGGAAGGGAAGCCAAACAGGACUACAAAGUCCCCAACACAGACAUUGUCAUUGAAAAAGGCACCUCCGCUUUAAUACCUAUCCAAUGUAUCCACCACGAUCCUGAAAUAUAUCCCAAACCCCAGGAGUUCGAUCCCAGUCGGUUCGACCCUGAGGCUGUCAGGUCCCGCCACCCGAUGGCCUAUCUGCCCUUCGGCGAAGGACCUCGGAACUGCAUUGGACUGCGGUUUGGAAAGAUACAGUCCAAGAUUGGAUUGGUGUCCUUGUUGCGGAAGUUUAAGUUUAGCCCUUCGAAGCGCACAGAAAUCCCCUUGAUAUUUGGAAAUAGGAGCUUCACUUUAAAUACAAAAUACGGUUUGCAUCUAAAAGUGGAGAGGGUUUAA